AUGCCGUCCCCUCCCCCCAGAAAACGACCCAUUGCCGACUUCUUCAGACCCUACAUCAAAAGCAAUGUCCCAACCAAGCGCCCGUCUCCCUCGGGCCAAGAGCGCCAGCCACGACCAAAGAGUCCGGAUCGAGAUACGAGUUCUAUAGCCACUCCGAGAGCCGUCAGGAGGUCGGCGGAUCCGUCCGCACGAACUCCAACAUCCUGUGCCUUUUCACCGUUGUCCGCUCCAGGCUCCAGAGCGUCUCUUCCCAUCCGCAGCCCGCGUCCUCAUACACCUUUAGACCCGCCCUCAACGUAUAAGCAGCCGCCGCGAUUUGGCCAUGAUGCUAGACCUGGACCAUCGUCACCUACACUGGUAAAGCCAUUGUCAUUCACCGACCUGCCAAGCUCAACCCAGGCUGUUGUCGAGAAUGGCAAGGUCAUCGAGAUCCGUGACUCGGACGAUGAAGGCUCAGAUUCUCUGGAAUCGCUGGAGUCGUUGGAAGAUAUCCUGGGAAGAACAAAAGGCGGCCAUGUGACUUCUAUGUCGUCCUCCCCGGAGGGCGAUGACGCGAAACUGGAGGCAGAGCGACUAAAGACGUUGAACUUGUUUACCAGAAGUCGUUCCACCCCGUCAUUAAGCAAGGAGAAACUGCGAGCGCUAGCUGCCCGAGAGCGGGCAAGCCAGUUUGAUAUCUCUGGCAUCCUCAACGAGCACUUCGAUGAUCAGGAGGUUGAACAAAAGAUCAAAAGGUCUAGAGACGACUUCAAUGAAGCUCUGAAGGCAUCCGAGGCGGAGAAGAACACGAACCUAGACAAGAAACUACUGGCUGCGGUGGCAACCACAGAAGACGGAGAGGCCGGCGUGUCAAGGCUCAUGGAUGCUGUAGACCGCACGGAAGCUCUGACCUCCGACCGUGUCUUUCUGUUCUUCGGAGCCAAUGGCUUGAAUGACUGGCAUGCCAGCCGUCCGCCAGGCCUCGAUUUCCCUGAAGAGGCGAUCCCACACCAGCUCUGGAGCCCACGGGACCACGAGGCCAGGUCAAGAGCCUUCCUGUCGGGAUACAUGACUGAGCUUGCUGCUAAAGGCCUUCUGUCUGAUGAGGGGCUCAGGUGGAUUUUCCAAAGCGUGGUUUUGGAACGACGGGAUGACGUCCGGUCCGCAUAUAUUCAGUGCCUUCGAGCCGCCAGCCCUGCAUGGACGAGGAAUAGCCUAACGCCUCAAAAUGUGCACUCAAUCUUCCAAACGCUGGGCGCAGAUAGUGCAAAUCUUCUGGAGGGCAGCUUGAUCGAGCCCAGGCAUCUCUUGCUCAGGGUGCCACCUAGACGAGAUCCGAAAUACCUACUGGCCGCCAUGGAGAUGUUCCAAGCCGUGAGCCAGGACAUGGACUUCUUGACGUUAGGCAACCUGACUUCAACCGUUUGUCGACUCGCGACCGACUGUGAGCUGAUGAGCGAUGCGCGUGUGUGCAGUGCAGUCGAGAAGAUGCUGGAGACGCUUCUUUCUUUGCCCGAGUUAAGCUCGCGCUCUCACGUGGCAGAGAGGAUGAUGGCCGACCUUGGGCACCAUUUGAAAGAUGACACUUUGCAGGCACACUUACUCGCUCAUAUACCUCAAACCUCCCCCUUGGCCUGCCGUGUGCGUAUAUUGCUUGCACAAUCAUUUCUUCUGGGCGUCGAUGCACUUAACGACGGAAAGUCCCUGAAACCACAGAUCUCCCUUGAUGUUCUUGCGGAGCACAUCUCGACGUCCCCGGCGUUCGACACCAGACGAAGAACGGGACCUAAUGCUCUUGAUUACGUCGCUUUGCGGGCUUUGACAUACGUGUUAGACGUUGCGAUAUCUGAAGGCGGGCGUCCUGCAACUUUUGCUUCACACGCCGAAGAGGUCUCGUUCAACCGAUCAGUCGACCGGUUGGCAGACAGUAUUCGGUCCAUAUUUGUGUCAAUCAUCGACACCGGCGCUUCACACAUGACCCGGACCGAGGCCAAAGAUGUCCUUCAAGCCCUAUAUUGGCGCCUUCUAUACGCUGUGCGAACCGAGGUGCGGCCCAAGAAGAACAUCUUUGACAGCACGACUGGAAAAGCACGGGACGGCGACGAAGUUCGAACAGAGGAAAAGAGCAAAGACUUCAUGAAACAGUUCCUGGCCCAAAGGAUGGAGAGGGAGCAAGAAAAGGCCAACCGGAGUGAACCCACGGCUGUGUCACGAGGUGAGGCCCGUGUCAAAAGCUCAACUAUUACCUCUUCGGAGGAGUCGUCGGCACCUUCGGAGACAGAAAGAUUGAUUCGCAAGCAACUAGAUUUGAGCGAGUGA